AUGUCUGAGGAUUCAUUAAGCGCCAUUCUUCAACCAACGGAUUCAUUCUUUAUAUCAACCGAACCAAGAUCUAUUUCAUUUGCAGUUGAAGAAGAGGACCCGUGGAGUACGACUAGCUUUGACCCUGUUGAUGACAUACGUCAGCCUUUGGCUUCAAGUACAACCAUGGAACUAACAGAAGAUAUUACAGCUGCCAAUGUAUUAGUCGGAGUCGAUUUACCAGAAAUAUUUGACACAGCUUAUAUCCGAGCAGGACCUAUCGGUGACCGAGUGAGUAUUGAAUCAUUAGAGACAAUUAUUGGAUUGGGAGGACUUGGACCACGAACCUAUGAGCAAAUUGCUGCUAUUGUCAUCCCUGCCGGUGUCAUGUACGUCACAAGAAAUGAGUUUAAUACAGCCUUGGCGUUAUUAGCAUGUGCUCAAAAAAACAUGGAUGUAUCGUUAAUGAAUGUAUAUCAACACAGAAAUGACUUGCCUAUUCCUUUAUUGCCCAAUUUGGAGCUAGUUUCUCUUAAACCAAAUAAAUCCAAGCAAUCCGGUUUUGAAGACGAUCCAUGGCGUCUAUCCACAAGCCCACCUACAUCCAAUAUAUUUCCAGUUUACGAAGAUAACAAGGCCAAGCAGACAAAUGGACAGGCAAAGAAAGUCAUUGAAGAAACCUCCAAGGACAAUAAACCUAUUGUCACGCAUGACUGGUUCUCGGAUCUUGAUCAAAUUACGGUUACUAUAGCAGAGAAAGAGGGAUUCAUUUUUCCACAUAUCAAUUACUGGGUACAGAGUCAUAAUCGACAGUCGUCUGUAAGAAGAAGAUAUAGUGACUUUUACUGGUUUUGGGAAACUUUAAUGAAAAGAUAUCCCUUUAGAGUAAUUCCGUCUUUACCACCUAAAAAGUUUUCAGGAAAGGAUGAUGUGUUUUUAGAGAAGCGUUGUCAAGGCCUAUCCCGAUUUAUUAACUGCGUAGUAAGACACCCUGUAUUAAAAAAGGAUGAAGUAGUAUCUAUCUUUUUGACCGAAGAAACAGAAUUCGCAGCAUGGAGAAAAGGAGCUCAUGUGCCAUCUAGUGAAGAAGAGUUUAUAAGAACGAACCCAAAUACAGAAGAACUUGAUCCUUAUAUACCACAAGACCUCGACGCUCGUAUCGAAGCUGUCAGGAAUAGAUUACCUAAAUCGAUUGAAUACUAUGAACGUCUUUGUUGUACGAUGGAGCGCAUGAUACAGCUAAAAGAAGCAAGAAUUCAAGAACUAAAGCAGUAUCACACAACACUAAAAGAGCUUGGUGUUGUAGAGCAAACAUGCUUUGUGCCUAAUUGUCAAGCGUGCCCUCACGUGGUACGUGGCUACGAGUCCGUAGGGAACUAUAUGGAUGAAGAAAGCGUCAUCAUUCAGACUGAGUUAGAGAAUUCAAAUGUACUUGAAAGUCUCAAGCGACAUAAAGAUAUUCUCGAAAGCUUUCUUGAGAUGCUGGAGAGAAAAUCAAGAUUGGAUAUUAACCAAUUAGACUCUUUAAAAAAGAAAAUCGCCAUGAACACUGCAAAAGUCAACCAGCAUCGUGGUGUUCCUGGACUGGAGUCUGAAGUAGAAAGAUUAGAUGCAACUAUUCAAAGUGACACCGAACGCAUGAAAUACCAGCAAAGAAAGGACGUUCAUAUUCGCUAUUGUGUAGCAGCUGAGUUGAGUUAUCUACAUAAGCAACAGGCAUUUGUUUCUCUAUUUUACCAAAACUAUGUACAUGAACAGCUUCAGUUUAAUCGCAAGACAAUAGAUAACUGGAAAGCACUUGAAGCCCUUUUAUGUAACUUACCUAAACCAGAAGAUCUUUUAUAAUAAAAUAUAAAAAGCAAGAUACCCAUCUAUUUGUUGCCCAUUUGAAUAAGAAAUAAAAUAACAAGGACGUUUUAUUACUA